AUGCAGGAAAUUGAGGAUGAUCACGGACUUCGAUGGAUCUGUAAUCCCUUUUGGGAAAUGCUCCCCCAUUCCGACAUCUUCAAAUACCUGACUCCCAACAUCCUGCACCAGCUUCAUAAAGGCAUGUUCAAAGAUCACUUUAUGACAUGGUUUCUUCACAACAAUCUGCUUGGCAAGGACGGUCUUGAUGCUUGGUAUCAAUCCAUGACUCUGUUUAAUGAUCUUCGGCACUUCAAGAAAGGCAUCUCUGUGGUUUCUCAAUGGACAGGGACGGAACAUAAGGAAAUGGAGUGCACUUUUGUGGGAGCCUUAUCUGGUCUUGGUCUUGAUUCCGAUGUACUUGCUGCUGCCAGGGCACUCCUCAAUUUUAUCACUCUGGCUCAAUAUGAAUCAUAUACAGACAAACCCUUGGCGGCCAUGACCAAAUCACUUCAUGAGUUUCACAGGCGGAAGGAUGUCUUCUCGCAUCUUGAUGUCCAACACACCUUCAAUAUUCCCAAACUCCAUGCCAUGCUACAUUACAUUGAGUCAAUAGAGCUCUUUGGCAGUGCAGACGGCUUUAACACUGAGUCCCCCGAACACCUCCAUAUUGAUUUUGCAAAGUGUGCUUACCGGGCAAGUAAUAAACAAGACUACCUGAUUCAGAUGACAACAUGGCUGCACCAACAAGAAGCUCUCCUCAUGCGCACAUCUUACCUGGACUGGCUCCAGAGC